UUGCUUUAUUUAGAUUUACAAGAAUGCCUUUGUUGGGGAUUAGAUUAAUAUACAAAGAAAAAUAUUUUUUAUAUAUUACCUGAACGUUUAAAUGAUUACCUAAAGAAUAAAUUCAUAUAAUUUGAUUUAGCUAAGGCAUAUAAUUUAUUAGAUGAUAAAGGUUGGAAUAUGGAAGACUGUUGUAUAUUUAUUUUAAAUAAUAGUUAGGAUAAAUAGAUUAGUCUUUAUGAAAAAAAAGAUUAUAUAUUUAGUAAGAUUUCAAGAUAGUGUGCAAAAAGUAUUUUAAAUGCACUUUUUUUUCUAAAGAAUUUAAUGUUAAAAUAGGACGAAAAUUUAAAUUUAUAUUCUGAGGCUUUUAGAAUUCAUACAAAAGGAAAAGGAUUAAUUUGUAUUAAUAAAAAAGGAAUUAAAUAAAAUGAUUUUAUUACUGAAUAUAUAGGUUAAAUUUAUUAACCUUGGAGAUGGUUUGAAAAAUAAAACUUUAUAAAAAAAAUUAUAAAGGAAAAAUAUAAAAAUUAUAUUUUACCAGAUUUUUGGAAUAUAAUGUUAGAAAUACAUAAAGAUGAUUAAAAAGGAUAUGAUAUUUUAUAUAUAGAUUCAAUUUCAAAAGGAAAUUUUUCAAGUAGCAUUAAUCAUUCAUGUUAACCUAAUUGUGGGACAUUUUCUUUUAUUACCAAUCAAAAAAAUUAUGUGAUUGCAGUAUAUGCUAUAUAAUAAAUUGAAUAUGGAUAAGAAUUGACAUUUGAUUAUAUGGCUAUUACUGAAAGUAUUAAAGAAUAAUAACUUUCAAAAUGUUUAUGUAUGUCACCCAACUGUAGAGGAUUAUAUUUGGAUUUAUAGAAUACUAAUUUUAAAUAAUUCAAUUAAAUUCUUGAUAAAAUUCAUAAUUUUCUAGACAGAACUUUAAUCAUUUAAAAAGCAUGUUUUGAAUAAUUUACUAAUGAAGAUAAAUUAAUUUUAGAAGAGUUUAGCUUUAGAUUUAAUAUAAUAAAUGAUUCCCCUGAAUGGCUAUAAAAAUGGAUAAGUUAUAUAUUAAGAAUUAUAAAUUAAGAAAAUGAAUUAUUUUUAAAGCAAUUAUUAGGACCUGAAAGUGAGAAAUUAAAUAAAAAAGAACAAAAAUAAAAGUUUAAUUUAGCCUAAUAUAGAAAAGAUUAAAGAAUAUAAAAUAUUGUUAUUUCUAUAGAUAAAGUUAAAUACUAUAUUAAUCAAUUAUAAGAUUUUACACCUCCUUUUAUAAAAUUAAAUAAUGAAGUAUUAAAAUACAAUAUAUAUAUAUAUAUUUAUAUAAAAUAAAAAAUAAGGAGAUUUUUUUAAAAUAUAUGGGGAAAUUAAAAAGGUUUUCUAAAAAAGGAUUUCUUAAAUUUGAUUGAAUAUUUUUAGAUAAACAGCAAAAACCCAAAAAAUGUAAAAAUAAUUGAGUAAAUAAAAAGUUUAAUAAAAAAUACAUCAGAAUGCGUUUUUAAGGAAGAUAAUGAAAAUUUUUCGAAUAUUUUAAUUUAAUUAAGAUUUUUACUUUUGAUUUUGAGCGAUUUAAUUUUUUAGUUAUAAAAAGAUGAAAAAAUAAUUAAUAUUGAUGGAUUUGCUAUUAUUUUACAUUUCUAUGCCUUUACACAUGAGUUUUUUACUGCUUAUAAAUAUAAAUAACAUUAAAGUGAACCCAUAAAAAUAUUCAAAGACGAAAUUAUUAAUUUAUAAUUUUUAUAAGAUGAUUAAUAAAAUACAUUUUUAGAAGAAUAAUAAUCUUAUUCUUCAUUGUUUGUAUGGGGUUAAUUAAAUACUUGGUAUAAAUAAACUGUUGCCUUUCCAGCUACUACUCUUGGUAUAGAAAGAAAAGGAACAUUAAUAUAUCCUAAUUUAUAUGAUUCUUUAAUUAAUAAUAUAGAUUUAUUACCUUUUUCAUUAUAAAAAAAUGUAUUUUUUUUUGUAAAAUAUUAUAUAUAUGAAUUAUAUAUAAUAGAAUCCAUUAUAUAAAUAAUUUUUUAUUCAUUUAAAAAAUAAACCUGA